AUGGCAGUAGCAUUAGUCACUUUGUCGUUUAUAUGCGCAGGUCUGCUCGCGGUGUUCGUCCCAGUCAAGAGGGUUCGCACAAGUAUACCUCAUCUCGCAAUCAUUGUAUGGCUCCUUGGGCACAAUCUCAUUCAUGCGAUUAACGCAGCCGUGUGGGCUGGAAAUGUUGAUAUACACGUUCCAAUAUGGUGCGAUAUAGUUACGAAGGUUCUCUUGGGCAUCAAGGUCGCAUUGCCUGGCGCGUUGGUGUGCAUAGCAUGUCAACUGGAGCUUUCUUCGUCGCAGAGGACAAUCCUGAAGGAUAGAAGAGUUUUACGAAACCGUAUGAUUUUUGAACUAUUUCUUUGCUAUGUUCUUCCUACAUUAUAUAUGCUAUUGCACCUCGUCAUCCAAGAUCGCAGGUUUGAUCUUGUCAGAGACUAUGGAUGCUCAGCCUCUUCCCAUCCUUCAACUUUCGCUUUUCUAAUAACUUGGCUUCCACCUCUCGUUAUAUGUAGCAUAGCCCUUAUCAUAUCUGGUGUAUCCAUUCACAAUUCUGGCCGCGUCGUCGGAAUGAGUUUAUCAAAGCAUCUAGAAACGCGCUCGACGAUGACUGCCUCGCAAUUUAAUCGCCAGCUUAUCAUCUGCAUGACCAUGGCCGGAUCUCUUGUUCUGCUCAACCUAUCAACCCUGUUUUCUAUACACUCCUUCGAACCAUGGACGUCCUGGAGUUCAGUCCACGCUUUCAUGACGAAGAUUGAAAUCAUCAAAAAUUCAUCGGACGUCAAGACGGUUCAGUUUUUGUGGUGGUCGAUGUUUGCGAUAUCUGUUCUCUACAUCAUUCUGCUGUUUGCCAUUGCUGAGGAUGGACGUGAUCUCUACCGGUGGAUUAGGGAGCAGGCCACUCGCAAACGCAAGUUCCCUCGUCGCCUCGAGCUACCUCUCUACCUCAAGAGAAAGCCAUCUCUUCCUGCGCCCGAGAUGAUUUCACGCUCUCCAUCUUUGACCAAAUCUCAUAUGCGGCCUCUUACCAUCGAACUCAAAUCGGGCUGGGAGGAUGACCUAUUGGAUGACAAGAAAUCCAAGCGCAGAGGACCUCGAGAAGACGUGAAACCUCCAUCGUUUUCCUCGAGGCCAUCCGAGGGCGUUUUCCAUGACGUGGAAGCUCAAAGUCUUUCAGAAGAUAAGCCAAGACCCGAUUCCCCUUUAAUUUGUGCUAGUCCAACGAUGAGUUGUCGUUCGAUCUCAGAAGACGACCAAAUGUUCAUGGAAUCGACGAUAUCGUAUCUCAGCUCUCCCACGGCAAAGACGCUCGGUAUUCUCCCUCCUCUGCAAAUCCCACCUCCCGCGAAAGCCCCUCCCCCACCAUUGGCAAUAGAGAUUCCGCAGAGAGCUGUCACGCCUCCGCCUGCGCUUAAGCCGAAGUCCAUUCUCAAGGCAUCCCGAUGCCCACCUUCCAAACCAGUGCCAACGGACAUCGACGAGCCUAUCAACUCAGUCUUCGACGCGGCCUGGCCUGUUCCUCCCCUCUCCCCUGUCCCUACGAUGGCCUUCUCCACGAAGCGCGCCCCCCGCCCGCGUUCUCGGUCACACUCGCCUGCUUCUGCUGCGCAGGAAGUUGGGUAUCCUUUAUGUCAAACGCCAACUCCUCCUCACAGAAGAGCCCGUCCCUUUGAAGGUUCGAGCAUCUCGUCCGUCGACUCGGAAAUCAUCCCAUCACCCCUAUCACCAACUUCAAGGAAGGCAGCGCACAGACAAACAGGAGUAUAUGGGCUGCGUACAGUCUGGAGCAAGGAACGCCUUGGUCAGGGUUCUCCGGCCUCACAAGCUAUCCAUAUGACUGUUGUAAAGGAGAUUGCAUAA